UACCUUUUUCAGAAAUGUUGUGACUAAGGAAAUCCAACGAUGGUACGCCAAGAACACAUUUGGAUGACUUUAUUUUGAAGUCCGGACUAGCUAGCCGAUGGAACACUUUAUGCAAAUGUUAAAUGUGCAUUUCUUGCGUUGGACUAGCUGUAAGGAUGUCGUCAAUAUAGACAAAGACAAAUUCCAGAUCGCUGAAAAUGCUAUUCAUGAAUCUUUGGAAAGUUUGGCUGAAUGAGGUGGUAAUAGCAGUGUUCGUAUGCGGGAGUUUUCGGAUGUGUUUUUUUUUGCUGCAGUGAUGAAUAUUAACCGUCGUUUGUGUUCCUUGGAAGUUCGCAGGUAAGAGAGUUUAUUUUUCCUAGUGCACUUAUUUUUAAAAACCAGGCUACACGAUGCUAGAUUUCAUAAAGAUUUCGCUUAAAAGGGGAGGAUUGGCGAAAUUUUUACGUCAAAAACAUUUCGGUUCAUAUAGCCGCGUUUAGGGCAACAAAGCGCACACCCAGCAGCUGUCAUUCGAUGUAUGCGAAAUUUUUCUGUCAUUCCUCGCCAUGUUUGUAAACAUACAGGCAGUGUUGUUUGCGGUUGUUGAUUUGUUUUCCGGCGUUGAUUUGGAAAUAUUAAGGAUUUUGCUGUGAAAAGUUUGCAAUGGAGAAUCUGUUGAUGAGCGAAGAGUGGUUCGCUUCGUUAUCGUGGGUUGUGGAAUUGAAUGAAGUGAAUUUGCGAAGACGCAACAGGCAAAUUGUGCGCACGUGGUGGAUGCGACCAAUUUUUUUCCGGCGGCAAGAAGAUGGCAACCGCUUGAUGGAUAAAAUUGUCGCAGAACAAGCCAACGAAACCGUCGUUAACUUUCUUCGAAUGAAGAAGGAAGAUUUUAUUGUUUUGCUGCAAGUUAUAAGGCCGGCAAUAAGUCGCAUGAACACCAAUAUGCGUGACUCCAUCACAGCGCAAGAAAGGUUGCUAAUUACGUUGCGGUAUUUAGCAACUGGAGAAACCUUCAGUAGUUUGCAAUAUUUGUUUCGAGUGUCUCGUUCCUCCAUAAGCAACAUAGUAAAGGAGACGUGUAUCUGCCUUACAAAAACUCUACGAUCAUAUGUGAAGGUAGGAUUCGAAUACGUUUCUUUCGAUUGAUUUUAGAUCAAUUGUACACCAAUAAAUGUACAACAAUAAUUUUGUUAGGUAUAGUAAACCGUAAUCUAUUUAACAAAACUUACAACUAUCCUACCAAAAAAUCUAACUAUAUUUACAAACAAACUAAUGCAAACUAAACUAAUUACGCUAAUGUAAACUAACUAACUAACUAACUAUAAAACCUAAAUCUACACUAUACUAUGCUAAAGAAAAAAACUACUCCCGGUUAGCACGUUUGGCCAAAACUAAAUCUUCUGCAUUGAGCAUGGAUCGCUGAAUCCUCGACGUUACAAAAUCCUGUUCUUCGGGUGAAAAACGGUGGAGAAAUCCAGCGACCCAGCGGCCAAACGUGUUCUCCCGGGAGUGUGCAUUCUCCCUUGUGGCCUCCAUCAGCUGCUUGAGGGCCUCGCUCAACUCACUGCCCCCGCCAUCAUGGUUUCAAUUAUGGAAAUCGUGUUUUUGGUGUUGUAGAUAUCGGAUGGGUAAAGGAUUGGACGGUGGAUGGCAUGGUCGAGACGAGGGAGUGCUGAGCGAGGCCCUCAUCAUGAUCGUCAAGCUGAAAUUAUUAAAAAGAAAACAGAUUAAUAAAAUUUUUUUAUUCAUGAAGAAUGGCCUGGCCGUAUUGCUAUAUUUCAUUUUAAUGCACUUGAAAUUAAUUAUUCUUUUCAUUUUCAAUUACCAUCCACUAAAGAACAAUGGCUGGAAGUAUGCCAUAGAUGCAGAUUACAAUUUUAUGUUUGCUGAUGCGGGAGGCAAGGGUGGGAUUUCGGAUGGAGGAAUAUUUAGAAACAGUAGAUUGUGUAGAUUGUCCGGUGGCCGAGGCGACAGCGGCGCCGGUCUUCACACGGCAGGGCCGGGGUUCAAAUCCCAU